UUAUCUCAAUUUUAUGGAACAUAUUAACUCUCUCUCUCUCUCUCUCUCUCUCUCUCUCUCUCUUUGAGACUUUAUCUCUUAUCUUUCUUCUGUUGGAACCUCUAACAGUAGCAUUACAAUACUUCUUCUUUUCUUUUCUCACUCACUCUUUCAAGCAAUAAGGAAAGAAGUGUUCUCUCUCACACACAAGAAGGAAGAAGGAAGAAGGAGAGGCAUCAUAAGGAUGUAGUAAGGAUUGAAGAAGGAACUCUAAUUAAUCACCUACCAAGGUUUUUGAGUUCCUUUCUCACAGCAACACUGCAAAGAAGACAAACAAUGGAAGCAUCUAAAUUGCAACAAAACAACAACAACAACAACAGCAGCAGCAGCAGCAGCAGCAGCAGCAGCAAGAAUGAACACAUGAGCAAAACCCUAAAGAAAACACUCAUCAUCAUCAAUUGCUUCCUCUUAGCCAUAGGCGACACAGGUGGCCCUCUCCUUUCCCGCCUCUACUUCCAAUACGGUGGUCACCGGCAAUGGCUCUCAAGCUGCCUCGAAACCGCCGGCUGGCCAAUCAUCUUCAUCCCCCUCAUUAUCUCCUAUUACUACCGCCGAAAGACCGAUUCUUUUGCCAAACUGUACUUCAUCACUCCUCGCAUAUUCGUCGCAUGUGUAGUCCUUGGCCUCCUCACCGGCCUUGAUGACUUCCUCUACGCCUACGGCCUCGCCUUUAUCCCGGUCUCAACAUCGGCUUUACUAAUCUCAACACAACUUGCCUUUACUGCAUUUUUUGCAUACAUCAUAGUGAAGCAAAAGUUCACACCAUUCUCAAUCAAUGCAGUGGCACUGCUUACUGUGGGAGCAGUGAUAUUAGGGUUGCAUGGGAGCAAAGACAGGCCAGCUAAUGUUACAAAAGGGAAGUAUUUCAUGGGGUUCUUUUUAACUCUUGGGGCUGCAGCAUUGUAUGGCUUUGUUUUACCUAUGAUUGAGCUCACAUACUUGAAGGCUAAGCAGGCUAUCACUUACACUCUUGUCAUGGAGAUGCAGCUUGUCAUGGGUUUCUUUGCCACUGUCUUUUGCACUGUUGGGAUGUUAAUCAAUGGCGACUUUCAGGCCAUCCCAAAGGAAGCAAGUGCAUAUGGGCUAGGACCAGUGAGGUAUUAUACUGUGCUAGUAUGGCAAUCAAUAUUCUGGCAGUUCUUCUUCUUGGGAGCAGUAGGAGUGAUCUUUUGUGUGCACACAUUGCUCGCCGGAAUUAUUAUCGCUGUUUUCAUACCCGUGAUCGAAGUUUUCGGAGUUAUCUUCUUCCAUGAAAACUUCAGCAGUGAGAAGGGUGUUGCUCUGGUACUCUCUCUAUGGGGUUUGGCUUCGUAUUCUUAUGGUGAGUACCGUGAGGCAAAGGAGAAGGAAGCAGCUAGAAGGGCCAAGGACAUAGAGGCUCAAACCAUUUGAGUUGGAGUUUGAAUUCAUAUGGCUUAAUUAAACAAAUAUUCCCUGCCAUAACAUGUUGCAUGUUUGUGUUUGCUUGAGUGUUGUUUAGUGAGUUAAUUAAUCUCUUGUGGAAGGAUAUAUGUUGUCUUCUUAACUUUCUUGGAAGGUACAUGGAUGCAUGGUUUGAUA